ACGAGGAAAGGGUUGGGCUUACUGAGUCACAUAUCACAACUGGAGUUGCGCCUCGGUCAUAAACCAAUUUGGUGGUGGGGGGGGGGGUGAGUUAAGAAGGUCCCCAUGUACGGCCACCUACAGGGGCGCAAAAAGAACACGUCGCCGUGCAUCCGUUGCUGCUCUGUCUGCACAUCACCACGGAAUCACCGGGAGAGCAACACGUUGCUUCGACUUUGGGACUGGGGCGGUUUUGUUUUGUCGGGAAAUGAUGGCAACUUACUCAAACCCGGACGCUGACGCUAUGGCGUUGAUGAUCCACGAUAGCAACACCUCCAAGGAGAAAGACCGGCCAAAAGAAGAGCCUGUCCAGGAAAAAGUCGCCGAAAAGCCGGAUCCUUCUCAGAAGCCUCCGUACUCCUAUGUAGCCCUCAUCGCCAUGGCGAUCCGAGAAAGCUCCGAGAAGCGUCUCACGCUUUCUGGUAUUUACCAGUACAUCAUCAGUAAGUUUCCAUUCUAUGAGAAAAAUAAGAAGGGCUGGCAGAACAGCAUCCGCCACAACCUGAGUCUCAACGAGUGCUUCAUCAAGGUUCCGCGGGAGGGCGGCGGGGAAAGGAAGGGCAACUACUGGACUCUUGACCCGGCAUGCGAGGACAUGUUCGAGAAGGGCAACUACCGGAGGCGCCGGCGAAUGAAGCGACCGUUCAGGCCGCCGCCCACGCACUUCCAGCCAGGAAAGUCCCUAUUCGGAGGGGACGGCUACGGCUAUCUGUCCCCACCCAAGUACCUUCAGUCCAGCUUCAUGAAUAACUCGUGGUCGUUGGGCCAGCCGCCCACCCCGAUGUCGUACACUUCCUGUCAGAUGGCCAGCGGCAACGUUAGCCCGGUCAAGGCUCUGUCCGCCCCCGCCUCCUACAACCCCUACUCGCGGGUGCAGAGCAUGGCGCUCCCGGCGAUGGUGAACUCUUACAACGGAGUGGGCCACCAUCACCACCCGGCACACCCCCACCACUCCCAGCAGCUGAGCACGGCCACCGCCGCGCCGCCCCCGGUCUCGUCCGGCAACGGAGCCGGUCUUCAGUUCGCUUGCUCUCGUCAACCUGCGGAGCUGUCCAUGAUGCACUGCUCGUACUGGGAACACGAGAGCAAACACUCUGCCUUGCACACGAGGAUUGAUAUUUAAAUGUGACCCGUGUACAAAUACGAGAACUCCCCAAAAGAGUGUGAUUUUGAUGCGUGCUUUUUUAAGUGGAGGGGGGUAUGUUUUGUUCUCCUUUUUGGUGGGUGGGGAGACCACGUUCGGUUGCAGCCAUGCAGUGGAGGUGCCGAUGUUGACAAACAAGAGUCCGGAUGUAAACGGAGUCGCCAAAACGCGCAUCAGGUAGCGGAACAUUUAGAACCGAACUGUCUGUUGACGACUUCGUUGUGUGCACAACGCAUUUAUAUUUCCACGGAGAAACGAUUGUGGAAGUGUGACAUUGCGUACUUCUCAGCUGUACGCGCGGCUUCACAAAAGCAAGCCAAAAAUAUAAAGUUGAAUCUUAACUUCAGCCUUCAAAAAACUUUGACUGAGCCAAGCUUGCAUUGUUGUAAAUCUUCAGUUGAAAAAAAAAAAACGAUCUAUCGUCACGAAGACAAUUCAGGGUAUUCCAUGUUUCGUGUUUUAUUUUCUCCACAUAUUAAUUUUCAAUAACAUGAAAUGGGCCAGGACCAGGAUUUGCAUGUCUUUAAAAGAAUAAAAAUAAAAGUAACGUGAAACUGUACAUUCUUUCGUUCAUCUUGAGGCCAUGUUUAAGUUUAAUUAGCACUUUUCCAUAUUUUUUUAGAUUUGUGAAUUUCUUAAUAAACAUGUAUUUGCUAAAAGA